AUGGUAAAUAUCAAAACCAAGUCGGACUACGUCAUCACCGACAACUUCAAGCCCGGGCCAAAGAAUGGCCAUCUCUCGGUAAAGGACCCCAACUUUGCAGAGGUCGAGGCCGCUACAGUCGAGGCCUUGGCGCCACUGUGGGAGGCCGCGGUGCCCUUGGACAAGUUCAAAGAGGGCUGGGUCACGGCGCCGCCCGCCAUACCCGACGGUUGUCCCGAGCCAGGAAAAGAUGUAUUCAUUUCCCAGAUGAAGGUAACGGUGCGGGACGGUACCGAAAUCGAAAUCCAGAUCUACCGACCGCCCGAGCUGCGGACUGACGCUGCGCUGGUAUUUCGGAUGCAUGGCGGAGGUUGGACUGUGGGCAGUCAUUCUACAAGCCUGCGAUUUCAUGGCGAUUCACCUGUUCCCCCUUCGCAACUGACAAGGAGUUCUAGGGCGCCAGAGUUUCCCUAUCCAUACCCGAUUGAAGACUCGUGGGACGUUCUCAAAUGGUGUAAAGUACAUGCCAAGUAUCUGGGAGUCAAUCCCGAAAAGAUCAUCUUGGCCGGCAACAGUGGAGGUGGAAACAUGGCUGCAUGCUUGGCGAUCAAAGCCAGAGACGAGGGACUCACCGGAAUUGUAGCACAAAGUCUGGUGUUCCCAGUAACAUGCCACCCCAAGUUCUUCUCCGAGGUACCAAACAAGGAGAAAUAUGAGCUCUUGAGCUACAGUCAAAAUCACCAAGCUGCAAUAGUCGACAGCUAUAGAAUGGAGUUCUUUUGGGAUCAGUACGUGGGCACUGACCCCAAGCCUGACCCUGGACACUCCCCUCUUCUCCACCAGCUGAAAGACCUAAAGGGCUUGCCACCUGCAUUUGUUCAUGCGGCAGGUUUGGACCCGUUGAGGGACGAGGGUAUCGCGUACGCAGAGGCGCUCAAAGCAGCAGGAAACGAUGUGCAACUGGCUGCUUAUCCGGGGCUGCCUCAUUGUUUCUACAUGUUCGUUGGGUUCAAGCAGACAAAGGACUACUUCGAGCGUGUGAUUGGUUUUGUAAAGAAGCACGCAGAUGCAGGACCUGGGCAGGCCAAGAGUCAUAUCUAG